CCGUAGAUUACAUACAAGCAUACAAGUCGUACCGUGCAACAUAACUACAAUUAAUAAAUCAAUAAAAUACUUUAUCAUUUAAGUUAAUAGGUAAAAUAUUCAAAUUGAUAAGUAAAAACUCUUUUAUUCUUAUGGUUAAUUGUAAUAAACAGUAAUCCAUUUAAAUCAUACAUUCUACAAUCAUAUCUAGUCAUUAUUUUUAAAAUGUACCAAUGAUCGGAAAUUUAACAGACAAACAAAAUGUAAAUUAAUUUCAGUUGAACCCGUAAUACAAUUUUAUUAGCUCUCCGCAACAUAAUCGAUGUUUAAGAACAAGCCGGAACAAUUUUAAUUCAGUUUAAAAACACUAAUUAACUACAAAUGUGAUUUACCAAUUUAUUUGUGAUGCGUGUACAUUUAAAACAAAAUUAUAUUCGAAUUUGUCAGAUCGGUUAUAGACACGAUUAUAAGACCGUAUCAGUAAAAUAUUCGGUAUUAAAUUCAUUUGUCGAUUAAAUAGUUUAAUUUUUCAGAGAUGCCAAUAUAAUAUAUUUUGUCAAUAUUAUUAUUUGUAUUAAUGUGAAAAUUCGUUUGCAGAAUAUGAUACAAAAUAAUAAAACGUAUCCGGUUCCCGAGGGAAACGAGUAUGCGGGUAAUUCUCCAAUUAAUUCUACGAUUCCAGAGCAGUACAAUAAUAUCCCCGAACCAUCAUCGCCGGGUACAAUUAAUAAUCAAAACUCUACAGUCCCGUUGGACUAUACACGUUUCAUUAACGAAAUUUCGUCAAAACGUCGGCCGUCUCAGUUACGAGAAAUAUGUACGUAAAUGUAAAAUUAUAAAUGUAACAUGUAAUAAUUUUAUAUGCAAAUAAAAUAAUAAAAUGUAAUUUAGGUAUACAGUUUCCAUUGUCACGUCACGUCACGUCGUUAAUAACUUUAUUUAUAAAGUUGUAAAUAGAAAUUAUUUCUAUAAAAACGAAAUUUAUAAAAAAAAAACCUAAAAUUUUCCAUUUAUAUCAGAUAUUUUUCUUACUCUAAUUUUAGACAAUUUGGUGCAAAAUCUACCUUCUCAUUCGAUAAAACUCGGUGUAGGAGUGCCAAAUGUAGAAACGUUUCCGUUUCAAAAUAUUAGCGUGAAACUAACAACCGGUGAAAACAUUCAAAUCCAAGGCGACGAACUAUCCGAAGCAUUACAGUAUUUACCAUCAAAAGGGUAAUAUUAUUAUAGUUCCGCUAAAUAAAUUAACUUGGUAAUAAUUUAGAAAAUCUCUGUGAAUAAUUUUAAAAGAUACAAGCCUUUACUGAAUGUGUUGGAAGAAAUACAAGAUUGUUUUCAUGGUUCUCAAAAUUGGCAAAACAGAACAAUCAUGAUAACCUCGGGUGGACAAGAAGGGUUGUCUUUAGCGGUGGACAUGUGCUUGAAUCGUGGCGACCCAAUCAUUCUGCCUGAUCCGAUAUAUACUGGUGCAAUCGAUUUGGUAAGACGAAUUUAAUAUACACUUAUUUAAAAAGGUAUUCAUAGAAAAUAAUACUAAAAUAAAAAAAAAAAAAAAGACCGAACUUACAUAAUCAAAUAAUUUUUGUCAAAAUUUAAUAUUAAAAUUCCUUUAUAAAAAAAAAAUACUUUAUAAACCACAAUUUUUUUUUUUUUACCACAAAUUACGACAUUUAAAGAACAUCCUUUUGAAUUUUCAAGUAUUCCUGUUUAUUCAAACAAUUUUAUCCAUGGAGUACCUGCUGAAUAAAAAUUACGUACAAAACUCUCAAAAUUAAAAUGUCUUUAACUAGCUCAAAAAUGGAUCAAAUGUUUUGAUAAUUUUACCACGUCUAGAAAAAGCAAAUAUUAGUUUUCUGUAAAAUUUUUAAUUUUGUAUGAAUAUAUUAAACUGAAUUACAUAAAAAAACAAAAUUGAAAAUAAUAAAAGUUUUAUUUUAGUACAUUUUCCCGUACUUUCUGAAUUUUUUUCCGGUUUUACCCAAUUAUUAAAAAACCCACAAUAAAAAUCAAAAAACAAAUUUCUUGUUCGUAAACUUGAUUAAAAAUUGAACACAAAAGAUCACUUGAUGUUUUUUAAUUAGAGCAAUAUUUAUAGUAGAAAACGUUGGUUCUGAAAGUGUAAAAUAAUAAAUUUUUUGUAUCGUAAUUUGGAAAAAAUCGUAUAUUUCGUCUUUUUUGGUUAUAGUUAACAUAAGUGGAAAAUAUUAAAAUAAUGAACCCGGGACGCUACGUAAUGUAAAUAUUAAUCAAUUUUAAUUUUUUGGUUUUUCCCAAUUAUUAGAAAAACCACUUUUAAUAUCGAAAGACGACUUACUCUGUCAAUGGCGAAAUAUUAUAGGGAACAAAAUCGAUAUUUAAUUAUUUUUGGAUUGGAGUAAUAUUUCUGGUAGAAUUCCUCGUGUUAUACUGUAACACGUAUAUUAUUACGUAUUACUGUAUUAACAAAAAAAACAGUGAAAACGGUAACGUCGUGGUGCACUAUAAAUAUUUACCGUUCUACCAAGAAUUUUCUUUCGGUUUUUCCCAAUUAUUUCAUAAACCCCUUGAAAAAUCAAAACAUGACCUCCUCAAUGUACAGACGAGAGAGAAAAUCAUCUUUCAGAAAAAUUGCUACAGUCCAUACUUCGGAACAAGUUUUCUGGUAGAAAAGUUGUUCACUGACUGAGAAAAAAUUUUAAAAAAACACACACAUGGUUAAAUCAAUAGAUCCCUCGCUAAGCUCCGAAUCUCAAAUACGUCGUUUAUAGUUCAUACCAUACGACCCGGACAUCAUAUCGAUAAAACAAGACUCAUGUGGCGUAAUUGUGGAAGAAAUUGAAAAGCAAUUGACGGAAAGAAAAAAAAACAAGCAGCCUAUGCCAAAGGUAAUAUCGUAAAACAUUUCGUAUUUUAAUUGUAUUUUAUAUGUACAUAAAUAGCGUUUAAUGUCUAAAUAUCUAAAACUAGCGUUAAUACCAUUUCAAUAGUUGAUUUAUUUAAACCCGACCGCAUCAAAUCCCGCCGGUACUACAUUGCCGACACACAGGAAACGGGAAAUUUAUCGGUUGGCUUGUGAACACAAUAUGCUCAUUCUCGAAGAUGACCCAUACUAUUAUUUACAUUUCGAAAAAGUAAUUUUCCAAUAUACAGUUUUUGUCCGUUAUAUUUGUCUCUGUAACAGUGUCUAUUUAAUCUAUACAUAAUAUAUUAUAAAAUGUGCGAUUUUAGGAGGACCCGGUUAGUUUUUUGUCAAUGGAUACAGAGGAUCGUGUGCUCAGGAGCGAUUCGUUUUCAAAAAUCAUGAGCUCUGGUAUACGUGUGGGCUUUAUGACAGGACCAACAGCGUUACUGCGUAGAAUGGAGCUGCAGGUGCAGACGUCAACGAUACACACGUCGUCGGUAAUGCAGGUUAUGAUCUACAAACUUCUGUCGCAAUGGGGUAAAGACGGUCUGACGUCUCACUUUAUGCACGUGAGAAAGUUCUACAAGCAAAAACGGGAUCACAUGAUGAUCGCGGUUAAAAACCAUUUAGGCGGUAAGCGGAAACGGUGAAUUAAAAAUUAAUUUUUUCAAUUCCGUUGAUCGCUCUAAACGAAAACAUAUUAUUACCUACCUAUUUACCUACUUAAUAAAAUUCACGGGUCUGGUAAAUCAUAUAGGGCUGGCCGAAUGGAGUGAACCGACCGGCGGCAUGUUUCUUUGGUUGAAAAUUAUCGGAUUAGAUGAUACCAAGCGUUUGGUCACUUCCAGAUGUCUGGAUAAACUAGUGAUUUUAGCACCAGGCUACGCACUAUCAGUUGAUCCCGUAAAACCAAGUCCUUACAUACGUCUUUCGUAUUCGCUUGCAUCGCCAGACCAAGUGGAUCGCGUAAGUUUUUUCUAAAACAAAUUUAAUUUGGUGACCGAACAAAAUAAUUAUUUUUAUAGUACGAAUACGCUAUAAUUUCUAUCAAAACCAUCGGGGUUCUCAGUCUCCUGCCUCCCCCCCCCCUAUUUGAACACUGAAUCACAUAAUCUUUAACUAAUUCAUAAAUCUCUUUCAACAUUUAAAUAAAGUAAAAAUGUUUAAAUUAAAUUUUAAUUAAACAUUUUCAGUUUAAACAUGUUUAUAUUGUGUAUUAUAUGCAUAUUAAAUUAUAAUUUUGCUCAUACAAAUUUAUAUCCAACUGAAUCUACAAUUUUUUUCUCAAUUCUAAGGUAUAUCGCUGUUGGCAGAAGCUAUUUGAGAAGAAUUUCAAUUAUUGGAGUAGAGACAUUAUAUUGCUGAUAUUAUCGAUAUUAAAUAUAAAUACCAAUAACGUCCAAAUUAAUGAUAAAUUAUUAUGCUACUUAGAUAUUUAAAUUUAAAUAUAUAUAUAAAUGUGUAUAAAUAUAUUUUUUUUUUAAAUUUAUAAUAUUGUAGGUACUAGCUACCUAUAUGCUACUAUAUUAUAUUAUAUUAUAUAUCGUAUUUUAUUACAGUACAAUGUUAUACUAUAUAAUUGAGCCAGCUGGAAUUUCAAUAAUAACAAUUAUAAUUGUGUAUCGCCGGUAUCGGAGGAUACAAUGGGUUAUUUGACCAGUUGCCCUAAGUGGCUGUUUUCGGCAUUUAAACAAAUUUUCCAGGUGCCUCUAACUAAAUGUACCAGUCGCCCUCACCGUAAAUAAAUUCAGAAAUUGGAAAAUGGCUUCACUUAACUGUUGAUCUUGUACAAGUUGCGAGGAAAAGCUUGAUGUAUUGAUUAGUAUUCUUUUUAGAAUCCGGCUUUUAAAUUACCAAUCCCCAUAGUCGAGUUGUGUAAAGAAGACGAUUUUACGAUUUAUUCCGGAUUCUUAUUAGCUGUAUUCCCUAUCAUUGAAAAUUCCUGGGCACCUAACUGAUCUUACAUUACUACCCGCUAGCGAAGUAGACGAUUGUUUUGUUGAAGAUUAUCUAGGUUUAUCAAGGUUAUUUAGGGAAUAACCUAACCGCGUUACGCGACAACAUUGGCUCUCACACGGAUUAGUACCCUAUUUAAACACUGAAUCGCAUAAUCUUUUACCAAUUCAUCAAUCUCUUUCAACAUUUAAAUAAAAUAAAAAUGUUUAACACAAUAACAUUUUGAGUUUGAAAAUUGUCUUAUUGUAUGUUACAAUUGUCGCAUGCAUAUUAAAUUUUAAUUUUGCUUAUAAAAAUUGUUUUUCUUAAUUCUAGGGUAUAUCGCUGUUGGCAGAAGCUAUUCGAGAAGAACGGCAAUUACUGGAGUAGGGACAAUAUACCGGACCGAUAUUAUCGAUAUUAAACGAAUACUCAUUAACGUCCAUAUUAAUGAUAAAUUAUUAUGCUACUUACCUUAAAUAAAUUAAAAUAUAUAUAAACAUGUAUAUUUUUUGUGUUGAGACUUCAAC